CCUGUUUUAUACCUGGUUUAAGAUAGGUCCGUGCCUGAAGUAUUUUUUACUACGCAUAACGCUAUCUCUAAAUUGUCAUACAGAAUCAGUGAAAACGGUUGGAUUACUAUUAUUUUAUCGUAUGUUAUAUAGAUAAUACAUAAAUGUUUAUAUACGGUUUGUGAAUACACUGUGAUAUACUCGGAUAAAUUGAUUCGAAAAAGUGCUUAACCAGAGAUCUGUAUACAUGUGGGGGUUGAUCAAUGGGCAGAAUGGGCUCACAUUUUAUCAUUGUUGUAAUAUUUCUUAACAGCGUUUGCAGACAUACCAUUGAAGCCCAAGCUCCAGUAUUAUCAGCCAACGCAUCUUCAGUUACUGAAGGCAGCCCAUUGAACUUGGUUUGUGGUUUUUCAGCCACUCCAGAUUCAGUGACAUGGUUGAGGAAAGAAACAACGGAGACAUCAGAACAAACAAUUGUUACUGUCGGUUUGCAAGGUGGUUUAUGUAUAUCAAUUCCAAGUACUCUUCCAGAUGGGUUAGUGGUAACAUGUGGUACAUCGGAGUAUGGAUGUACAAUCCCAUCCUUGAGUAUUUCUGAUGAUGGAGAUGUUUGGCGUUGUUCUGUUCCGAUUACAGGGGUCACCACCAACAGCAACUCUCUGAGAAUGAAUGUGACAGAAUCAACAACAACAACAACAACAACAACAACACCAGAAACUACUUCAAAGAAUUGUACAGAGUAUGUGAAUGAUAUUUGUGUUGGUCUACUGGCACUGAACAUCAUCCAAGUGGUUUUGGUAGAAGUUUCUGCUUUUAUAAAACUGUCAUACAUGGGAAAAGAUACAGCAAAAAGUAUAAUAAUACUAGCACUGUUGGCUUUCGCAACUGGUGGAAUAGGCCCCUGUUUGUGGUUAUUACUUCUUGUUGUUUGUAAAAAAGAAAAAUCCUGCAGAGCUUAUAUUGGGGCGAUCUGCAUGUUCUUAGGCAUCAUGUUGUCGUAUAUUGGGAUGGGUUUCAACAUCUGCUGUAUUGUAGCAGAGAAUAGUUGCUGGGAUGUGUACACAAUUGUUGCAGUAGUGAUUUCAUUAGUUGGUCUUUCCAUAAGCAUUGUUAGUGUAAUUGUUGCCAUAUGCUACAAGGAAAAAGAUGAGCCUUCCUGGGUCGUUUAUUUGUCCGUUUUUGGAAUAUUCAUAGCAUUGAUUGGACUAUUGCUAACGAUAUUGAAACGAUUUUGCAAAAAGAAACCUGACGGAAAUGCGGGAGCAGGGAAUAAUGGUGGAGGGGCAUUGCGGCGCAAUUUGACACAUCCAAGAGUGGAUUUUAAGCCUGCGACUGCCAAUGCUUCAAUCCACCAACCUGACAACAAGCAGCAGGAAGUUGAUAGGCACAGGCCGCCGCCUAAAUUGCCCCCAGUUGGAGGACAUCAAAAACAUGGGAGGGGGCUAUCCGCAAAUAUUGGGGACAUAAACGAUCAUAUGCCAGCAGGAGACAAGAAGAAAUUACCACCCCUGAUAACAUAACGAAGCGAAAAGAUUGAUCAGACUAGCUAGCUAAGUGACGAUGGUUUUUGAUUAGUGGAAAGCUAGUAAGUUGUUGCCUUAUGUAAUAUAACUUAUGAUUGUCAUUUUUUACAUAUACAUAGCAAGAAACUAUAAAUACAUUAUAUUUAAAAAAUAAAGCUUACUAUGACGUAUUUGCUUUCUAGCUAAAUAAUAAAUACAUUUUAAAUUAUAGAGUAUAAGCAAAGAAAUUAUUUUGAACCAAUUAUAAAUUCUAAAGCUGACUUGAAUAUUGUUUUAUUUGAGUUGUUAAAAGUCAUGUAAAAGUUGUUAUUUUUUAUUGUACCAAUUUAAAAUUUAAUCUGGGGUUGUUUACAUUCAAUGUUUCGUUCUUACAAUCUUUAUACAACACCUCGAACAAAAAUAGUUUUGGACAAAACACCUUAUGUCAUUAACAUAUUAUGAUAUUAAAUGCAUAUCUGAAGUAUUAAGAGAUUAAAUGUGCCUUUACAUAAAACUAUAUGUAAUUGAUAUAUCCCCCGACUGCUAAUUUAUAUCGUAUUUAGGAAACUACUUAAGAAAGUACUGAAGAUAAACCUGUAGUUUAAGUAAACAUUUACUUAAUUUAGUGAUAAUCUUAAUAAAUGUAAUUGUUACAUACUCUUGAUAAAAACAAAGUUCAAACAGCUAAACAAAAGACAAAUACUUACUUUAUAUUUAUAGCAAUGAACAUGGGUACAAAAUCUAUAAUGUCACAUCUUCUUUGAUCAUAAAUUACAGGCAUAUUAUUGAUACACACUCAUAAUCCUCUCCUACCAAUAUAAAAUUGUAAAUUGUCAUGCCAUUGUGUUUAUUGAUUGUAUGAUGGCUGGAUUUUGUGGAAUUAUUCGUCUUGUUACCAAUAGUUUUUGAUUCCAAAAUCAUUGACAUGCACAGCACAUUAUAUAAAAAGCACAAUGAUUAUUUAAAUAUUGCAUGGUUUGAUAGACUAUUUCAUGUUUAGCCUUUGCCUAUACUCUUACUACAAUUUGAUCAUUUAUAUUAUUUGUUUAUUUUUGUAAUAUUUUCCUGGCUAAGUGUUCCAUUAUCUGUCCACAAUAUCAUAGUAUUCUGUACGAUUAUUUAUUACCUUAUUUAAAAAAAGUUGAUUUAUUAUUUUAAAUAAACAUUGGUCUGUGCCAUCCUUGCUACAUAAUAUGCUUUAAUCCUCAAGUUAUGCAUCAAGCCUUGUACACAUGUGUAUUUUUUCUUUUCUAAAUAUCUAUUAAACGCAUGCCUUACUAAUGUCACUUAUGGCAAUUGUCCUGCCUGUUUUGUUAUGAUGUUUUAUGGAAGUUGCUUCAUGAUUUCCCCUAUAAGAAAAUGCGAUUAUGAUUCUUAAUGAAAAUAAAUUCCUUGUGCUUUAAAGAUUGAUAGGACUAAAUGUUUUUAUUUCUUAAGAAUACAAGUAUGUUAAAUUGUUUUUAAAUAGAAGCGUUAAUAUAUCUUUAAUCCCAAGACAGGCCUAGAGCAAUGUCUAUGACCAAGUUUUUUUAUGUAGAUAAGGAAUACUUAUUACCAAGACAAUAAUACCAUAUGCAAGUAAAUGUGUAGAUUUAGUGUCAUUUCUCAUUGUAUUACAAUGAUUAUUGUGUUUGCCAGUUUAUAUGUAUCUGAUGCAUUAGGUCAGGGAAUAAUUGCUAAUAAGUUAGUGCCAUAGAGUUUAUAUUAACAAAUUACAAAUAAUGCAUUAUCAAGUAUAUACACAGUUGAAUGUUGACUGUUUGUUUUUCCUGAUUAGAGUUUAUUUCUUGCUAUCCAUUUUGAAAAUGACCGAUAUCUUGUUUUUAUGACAUUGUAUAAUUAGGACUUUCAAUUGGAAAUCUAACACAAUAUAUUUCAUCCAUAAUAGAAUGUUUGUAUAUAAUUCAAAGCGUUUUACAACAUGUGAAGGGUAUUGCAUAAAAUUGAAUUUGAAGUUGAAUGCUUUUGUUGAAUGUUUUGAAACAUCAAGGUUCAUGUAAUUCAUUGUAUUAUUCAUCCACCUAUUAUUGUAUGUUCUUGUAUUAAUUCUUACUAUACAGUGAUAUUCUUCAAUUAAACAAAUUUCUAUAUGUUUAUGUUGCACUUUCAAUACUGUUAAACUAUGUAAAAACAUUUCCUUUAAAUUGUUAGUUAUUUGACAAUUUCUUCCUAUUAGGUAAGUUUGGCAUCAAAAGGAAAUAUUUAAAGUUAUUAUGUCACUCUUUAAGCAAUCAAGAAGUCAAAUACCUGUAAUGGGAAAGAAAGCAUUUGUACCUGUACUCUGAGAGUUAACCUAAAACAGAUAAUGGAUAUGUAUACAAUAAGCUAUGGCAAAUGAAAUGUGCAUUAUUGAAUGGCAUCAGCUUAAAACAGUUUAGUGUAGCCAGACUUAUAAAUAUAUGUGCUGUAUUCUGACAAUAGGAAGUAUACGUUUAUGAAUUAAAAAUGUAUUAUGAUGCAUUUCUUUACUUGCUGAUGUUACGAACUGUAUUGUUAUAAACAUUGAUCACAGCGAGUGGGGAAUAUUGCAAUUGUUAUGUGGUAAAGGACUUCUAAAGUUUCUACUCAACAUUUGGUCACAAUUCAAAUGUAUAACUGAUUGGUUGUAGGAUUACGAUGUAAUCAACAUAAUAAUAAUGUAUAACACUUGUUCAGUACUUAACAAAUGUAUAUCGCCCGAUCUUGAUAAAGCAGUCAUUAAUUAACUUGUUAUGAGCUUAUAUGUUUAAUUACGAUUUUCUAGUUAUGCUAUUAUUUUGAGCUUUUAUUUAGUGUAAAGUAAUGUUCCAAAGAUCAACGCACAGUGUACAUUAAAACAUGCAAACAAACAAAGGAUUGAGAAAUAAAAUUAACAAUCAAGUGCAUGCCCAAUGCAAUAGCUACCCUGAUUAUUAUCCCCCGCCUAUGAAAUAGGGAGGGGGAUAUUGAAAUGGCGUUGUCCGUCCGUCCUUCCGUCCGUCCGUCCUUCCUUCCGUCCGUCCGUCCUUCCUUCCGUCCGUCCGUCCGUUCGUACGUCACCUGCGUUUUCUCAGUAACUAGCCGGUAGAAUUUCAUGAAACUUAAAAUAAAUAUGAACCACUAUACUGGAAUGAUGCCCGUCCAAAAAAAAAUUCGAUUGGUCAAUUGUCCUUGCAGUUAUUGCCCUUGAUUUUUUGAAAAAUGCACAUUCACAGCCAUUUCUCAGUCACUAGCUGGCAGAAUAUCAUGAAACUUAAAAUAAAUAUGAAUUACUAUACUGGAAUGAUGCCUGUUCAUUUUUUUUUGUAUUGGUCAAUUGUACUUGGAGUUAUUGCCCUUGAUUUUUUGAAAAACUCUCAUUUACAGCCAUUUUUCAGUAACUAGUUGGUAGAAAUUCUUGAAACUUGAAAUAAGUAUGAACCAACCUACUGCGAUGGUGCCUGUUUAUUUAUAUUUUGGAUUAUGUAAUUUCUAUAUGAGUUAUUGCCCUUUAUUUUUUGAAAAAUGCACAUUCACAGCCAUUUCUCAGUCACUAGCUGGCAGAAUUUCAUGAAACUUAAAAUAAAUAUGAAUUACUAUACUGGGAUGAUGCCUGUUCAUUUUUUUUGGAUUGGUCAAUUGUACUUGGAGUUAUUGCCCUUGAUUUUUUGAAAAACUCUCAUUUACAGCCAUUUCUCAGUAACUAGUUGGUAGAAAUUCUUGAAACUUGAAAUAAAUAUGAACCAACAUACUGCGAUGAUGCCUGUAAGCACAAACAAGCCAUCAAGCACAAACAAGCCAUCGUUGGCGGGGGAUAUCUUUUCACUAUAAAUGCUUGUUUCAUUCAUGAAGUAAUAUGAUACAUGUGUUGAAUACCUGUCGUAAAUUACGCAUGCAUUUUAUGCUAUUGAUUAUCAAUAACUUGUGGGAAUGAAGUGGGGAUUUCCCUUCGAUACAAGAUCCAAUAUUGUUUUUAUUUGAAGUCAGAUAUAUGGUAAAAAAUAACAUUAGCUCAAUGAGCUUUUUCCGGCAUGAAUAUCAAAUGAUGAAACAGCGUCUAUAUAAAAUGCUCUCCCAAUUUGAACAAUUUAAAUCCAAUUUAAAGCCCGAUCAGCAUCCAGCAGGUUUUAUUAUUGCAUAUUCAGGAUUAAAUAUCAAAAUUCAAUAACUAUUUGGCCUUUUAUAAGCACUAUCAGAAGACGAGAUACACCCUGCCUGUAACAAUAUUAAACAUGUUUUGCACACAUUAAGUUCAUACUUCCUGUUUCCUGUUUUGAAGCGUUUUUAUUUUUAAACGAAAUAUGAUAUAUAAUUAUUUAUUUAGUUUAUAAAUGUUGAGUGCUACCAUGUUUGUUUAUAAUGUACCAUAGAGACAUUAAUAGUUCUCACUACAUAAUGUGUUUGCUAUUGCCUUGUGAUAUUUACAAUCCGGUGACAUAGAAAGAUGAAUCCAAUAUGAGUUGACACAAUUAUUGUGAUUGAAUAUGCAAAUUUAAGUAUAUAUAGUUUAUUGUCGAUUUUUAUGAAAAAUUAAAUGUUCACUUUUAAUGCUAAUCAAAAGAGAUAUUCUUUUUGAAUUUCACAUGAUUGCAUACAAUGUAUUAAAAUGGGCCUGGCUAUUGUUUGUUUGUUUUUUAGAGUAUGUUUUUUUAUUAUAUGCCGUGCAGUUAGUAUUUAACUCAUUCUUAUAAUCACUGUGUGGUUUGUUUACAUUAAAUGCUUUUGUUUUUUCUUUGAUUGGCAUGAAUAAGUAUUGAAUAAAAGUUUGUUUUUA